UGCUUCAAUAUGUAGAACAGGAGAAUCACUUGAUGGCUGCCAGGAAGGCAUUUGACAGAUUUUUCAUACACUAUCCGUAUUGUUAUGGUUACUGGAAAAAGUAUGCAGACCUUGAAAAGCGGCACGACAACAUUAAACCAUCAGAUGAGGUGCGUACAUCACUGAAUAAACUUAUCUCCAAUAGGUACUGUAAGCCAAUUAAUAACAAAACAAAGUUUUUUUUUUUUUUUUUUUUGGCUGGCAGUACCUACCAUUUAUGGUCAAACAAUUUUUAUAGGGUAUUUAUUUGCAUUUGUCACUCUUGUGGCAUUUGUAGCUAAUAUUUUCUCUCUUUGUUGGCAGGUGCGUUAAACCUCUACAGUUUGUCAAGCUUUGCAGUGCAAGCCUCUGUAUUACACUGCAGCUUAACAAGUAGGGCAGGGCUUUUCUCUCACUUACAUUUAUUUCUCAUUUUCCAAACAAUAUAGUUGGUUUGCUAGUCACAUUUGCUACGUCUUAUUGCAUUUUUGGUCAGACGCUGUCAUUGAUGCUCUAAUGGGUCUGUGCCCUAUGGUCUGUAACCCAAAGCCUGCCCACACAACCCGGUCAGAAUGCAGGGACUGCUGCGCUUUGAAGAUCAAGACUCUGCACGUGGGGAUCAGAACAUUGCCAUGUUCUAUCCAACCUCCACCCAAAUGGUUUAUCGGCGGGGGCUUCAGGCAAUACCUCUUAGUGUUGACCUUUGGAUACAUUAUAUAAACUUCUUAAAAGAAACAUUGGACCCUGGUGAUCCUGAGACAAACAAUACAAUAAGAGGAACUUUUGAGCAUGCUGUUCUAGCUGCAGGAACAGAUUUCCGUUCUGACAGACUGUGGGAAAUGUAUAUAAACUGGGAAAAUGAGCAGGGAAACCUGAGAGAAGUUACAGCUAUAUAUGAUCGUAUUCUUGGUAUUCCAACACAGCUGUAUAGUCAUCAUUUUCAGAGAUUUAAAGAACAUGUACAGAAUAAUUUGCCUAGAGAUCUUUUAACUGGUGAACAGUUUAUUCAGUUGCGAAGGGAAUUAGCUUCUGUAAAUGGUCAUAGUGGUGAUGAUGGUCCUCCUGGUGAUGAUCUACCAUCGGGAAUUGAAGACAUAACUGAUCCUGCAAAGCUAAUUACAGAAAUAGAAAACAUGAGACAUAGAAUCAUUGAGAUUCAUCAAGAAAUGUUUAAUUAUAAUGAGCAUGAAGUUAGUAAAAGGUGGACAUUUGAAGAAGGUAUUAAAAGACCUUACUUUCAUGUGAAACCUUUGGAAAAGGCACAACUAAAAAACUGGAAAGAAUAUUUAGAAUUUGAAAUUGAAAAUGGGACUCAUGAACGAGUUGUGGUUCUCUUUGAAAGAUGUGUCAUAUCAUGUGCCCUCUAUGAGGAGUUUUGGAUUAAGUAUGCCAAGUACAUGGAAAACCAUAGCAUUGAAGGAGUGAGGCAUGUCUUCAGCAGAGCUUGUACUAUACAUCUCCCAAAGAAACCCAUGGUGCAUAUGCUUUGGGCAGCUUUUGAGGAACAGCAGGGUAAUAUUAAUGAAGCCAGGAAUAUCUUGAGAACAUUUGAAGAAUGUGUUCUAGGAUUGGCAAUGGUUCGUUUACGAAGAGUAAGUUUAGAACGACGGCAUGGAAAUCUGGAAGAAGCUGAACAUUUGCUUCAGGAUGCCAUUAAGAAUGCCAAAUCAAAUAAUGAAUCUUCAUUUUAUGCUGUCAAACUAGCCCGGCAUCUUUUCAAAAUACAGAAAAACCUUCCAAAAUCAAGAAAGGUGCUUUUGGAAGCAAUCGAAAGAGACAAAGAGAACACAAAGUUAUACCUCAAUUUACUUGAAAUGGAAUAUAGUGGUGACCUCAAACAAAAUGAAGAAAAUAUCCUAAAUUGUUUUGACAAAGCUGUACAUGGUUCAUUACCUAUUAAAAUGAGAAUUACAUUUUCUCAGAGAAAAGUGGAAUUUCUUGAAGAUUUUGGUUCCGAUGUUAAUAAGCUUCUGAAUGCUUAUGAUGAACAUCAAACACUCCUGAAAGAACAGGAUUCUUUAAAAAGGAAAGCAGAAAAUGGAUCAGAAGAACCAGAGGAAAAGAAAGCACAUACAGAAGAUACAACUUCAUCAUCUACACAGAUGAUUGAUGGUGAUUUACAGGCAAACCAAGCUGUAUAUAAUUAUAGUGCGUGGUAUCAAUACAAUUAUCAGAAUCCUUGGAAUUAUGGACAAUAUUAUCCUCCCCCUCCAACCUGAUGGGAAAAAUGUAAAUUUCAAAUGGAGUGUGUGAAAAGUAUGAAAUUAUUAUUUUUUUUAAUGAGGGAUGUAAACAGUAUAAGCUUGUUGUAUUUGAUAACCUGUCUUCCUUGUUUCUGUGUAACAUGAUUUGUUUAGUAAUAGGGGGAAAAUGUCAAUUAGUAGCUUACCACAGAUACUGUUUCCUACCAUUUAUAAAAUUUACUUUUUAUUGAAAAACUAUUUUUUGAUUUUUGCAUUAAGUGGUCUAGAAUUCUUUUGCAAUGCAUUUGCAACGGAAUUUUGUAGCCUUAAGGGGUAGGAAGAAAAACCUGACUGCAAAUCAUGUCAGUGUAGUACAAAAUUCUGAAAACACAUAAGGGCUGGUUAUUUACCUCCUUUUUUUUUUUUUUUUUUUUUUAAAGAAAAAAGGACUUUUAACCUUUGCUGACAAGGUUUUGUCUGUUUCAGUUAUACUUGUGAAUUGUGAUCUAACUGCAGAAAGGAUACAUUAUUAAAAUACUUUGCCUUGGAAUAGAGAUUAUAAAUGAGAAAAUGGAAUGUUUGCAUCCCUUUAAAAAUGAAAAUCAUAUCAAAAGUAUGUUGUUUCAGGAGACUUUGUAUUUAGAAUAUUCAUGUAAAACUUGUGAACAAGCUUUCAUUUUGAUCAAACUGAUCUUCAUUUUUGUAAUAAAACGGAAGACUCAUCCAGUAA